AUGCCCACCUUGACCAGUCAGAUCACACCCCGAAAUGCGACGAGUCGUGUCUUGGAGUGCCUUGAGCUACUCGAUCACAUCGCCAGCUUCCUUCCAUGGAAACACAUGUCCGCCUUGGCCGCUUCUCACCCAAUGUUACGGAGUGUUACCCAGGUGGAGGCUGAGAAGAGAAUCAGGAUAGGACUGGAGCCAAUUCUGGGCGCGUUAGAAUUGUCAUUCGAGAGUUUCAUGAACGCGUUGGACGAAUGCGAAGGGGGUUUCGUUGGGAGUACAGCGUUGAGGGUGAUGUAUGUGCGGACGGAGUACCUGGGCGAGUACGCACGGAUGCCUCGUAUCACGGUGGUCGUACCCAAGGGGAAACGAGAACGGUUCAUCGAGCUGCUGGACAAGCCUUCUUGGGUAUGGGUGGAGAAACCGAUCGGGUGGCAGUCUAGAGAAACGAUAUCCAAGGUGGUGGAAGCCAACGUGACGUCGGCAACCCAGUUCUUGGGAGAUGACGAGGUACAGCAGAUGGUUCCCGAACCAGAAGAUCCCGAGGAGCGAGGAAACGACUAUGUCAUACAAUCACGAGUUAGGCGGAGGGAGAGAUUGAAAUACUUGGUAUACUUCCGCAUCUUGGAAAGCACCGCCCACGUUCUCCAGGUAUUGGGAGGUUCAGACUCGACGAGGGACAUGAUUGUCAUCACGUCUACCAGGAUAUACCUCCUGUACCCCAAGCUCGUGCAUGCAGACCUAGCACUAACGGGGAGUUGGGGUUGGGAACGAGGAUCGCGAAUCAAGUCCGUACCUGUCGUCCACAAGUACAACGAGUCGUGGCCGUUUCCAUGCGGAAAGCUAUGUCCGGUGUUGGCCAGGAAGGGUCGUGAAGGAGAUGGCACGGGAGUUUUCUACUGGAAUGGGGAACGAGAGCGGGCAUUGAUAAGGGAGGCAGAAGAGUGGGUGAAGACGAGUGGUUGGGGAGCAGGGUGGAGAAUAAGCGAUGAUGAAGGAUCCUCUAAUGCGGGCAGGGGCGAUGUGGGAGUAACGGCGGCGAUGGAGACUCUUCGCAAGCGUACUUUCCUCAAAGCAUCUCCGAAGGCGAGGUUACACUCAAAACGGGCGAGUCGUUUCAUCGAGGAACACAGGGCCCCUUUUGUAUGGGGCAUCUUAUUUGCUCAGGAUUCGGAGACCCCGGCUCUGGUUCCAAUUGCUUAUCGCACUGGCACCGACGGAAGGGCAUGUCUCAAGGACCUCUUCGUGGAGACUUACCUGGGCCCGAAGAGUAACUGCGAGACAAUGAAUCGGGCCCCCAUGGAGUUCAAGAUGUUGAACGGAUAUCGUGGGCUAGCGACAACAGGGUACAUGUUCAGGCAUCCAGGCAACUUCAGGGAUGGGAACCCCUCGUUUCUCCGCAUCAUGGGUCAUGACAACGUACAGGCAUUGUCCAUACUGGGGCCUUGCCUUGUGGUGUUGUUUCACCCCCCGGGAAUGGUGGAUGCAUCGGAAGACGACAUUCCAUUUGUCUGUGCAACAGUGACUUGGCAUUUGCUUUCCGGGUAUGCCAGGUCACUGACGGAAGCGUCGUACGAUCUUCUUCACCUCGAAUUCGAGAACGAUGGCGAACCUGGAGGGGCAGGAGCCGACAAUGAGUCAGAAGAGGAGGAACCUGUUGAGAUCACAUACGCCGAGCUCACAUGCAAUCUCUUGCAUAUGCUCAAUACCUGUAUCACACUACGUUGA